AUGUCACAGAAGGUAGGACAUACCGGGCUGGCAUUUGCCCGACUUUGGCACCAUGUUGACGUGGCACAAGAGAAAAGAACUCUGGGAAGACUGGCCAGUUCGAUAGCACUAACAUUGAUUGGAAAGCAUAAACCAGUGUACCAUCCAACACAAGACUGUGGGGACUAUGUGGUUGUCACAAACUGCCAGUAUUUGCGAGUUUCGGGCCAGAAAUUCGAUCAAAAACAGUACUGGUCGCACUCGCGGAAACCGGGCCAUCUGAAACUGAUAACUAUGAGGAAAAUGGCGGAAAACAAGGGUCACGGUGAAAUACUUAAAAAGGCGGUUAGUGGGAUGCUGCCUAAGAAUAAGCUCCGCAAACCGCGCCUGGAGAGACUCAAAGUGUUCAGUGGCAGCGAACACCCAUACCGUUCUAACGUCACAGCCUAUGUUGACCAACAACCCAAGAUCGCGAGAAAAAUGAAAGAUCAGCUAGCCAAAUAA